AUGAAUAACCUUUCCUCCAUCGUCCUCCUAAACGAGUCCAGCUGUAAUUCAUCGUCUGGUUCGUGUAGUCCUGUACAGACUUGUCCAGGAAMAGCCGUUCAUCUGGCUUACAUCUCGGUCAUCUGUGUGCUAGGGGUCAUUGGUAAUAUUCUAUUACUCUAUGCUGACUACAAGGAGUGGAAGAAGAGUAAGACACCUGAUAAACUGUUGAUUCUCAAUUUAGCUAUGACUAACGUCGCUGCUUUAUUGGUUAGUUUACCAUUACAUGCUGUUCUCGUAGCAAACUAUCAGGAUUACCUGAAGUGCUCUGGCUUUCUAUAUCAGUAUCGUUCAGCUCGGUUCUUUYUGAUCUGUCUGUUUAAUUUUGUAAGCCUAGGCACGCUACUUGUGAUAGGAAUCGACAGGUACCAAGCUUUAACAAAGUUUGCUCACCAACGAACUCUAGAUUUGAAGAGGUCUAUUUUUGCCAUUUGUUUGGUUUGGUUGUGCUCCAUUACAGUCGUAAUUGUAUUCAUAGUUACUUGGCCAAACCAAUGUAUAAACUUUUAUUCAUCUCGUUUAGAAGACAGAAACACUGACAACUAUUUUCCGAUGAGGAUAACCAUCACAUCGAUAUGGAUAACUGUCUGUUGUACAGUAACCGUUACAUCUUUAUUAAUGGCUGCGAGUCACAUUCGCAAACACCGACAAGAGAUCAAUGCCAUGUUUGGUGCAGUGCAAGCAGCAGCACAGAUCAGUUUUACCAAAGGUGUCAUYGCUUUAUCGCUAUGUUACGUCGUACUCUGGAUACCUUAUGGGGUGUCAUCAGCCAUUUUUUCUUCUGAUCGGCACAAUGUAAAAUUCGAGUGUUCUCUAUUAUGGGCAAUUUCUACUUCUUAUUUAAGUUUCAGUGUUCUUCCAGUAAUCUAUUUCAUUGUAGACAAMAGACUACGACGAUCCAUUCUACCGGAGGUGGUAAUCCCGAGUAACAUUGCACAACCCAAGGAAAAUUAA